AUGGAGGACAAUUCGCGUGUCGUGCUCUCUGCGACCUGGGCUCUCAGGCGUCCAGGGGAGAUACGAAUUGAAGGAGUUGGUUCUAGCGCUGCAGUCUACAGUAAAGGUCAUAUAACAGUACAGAUGCAGGCUGCCUUUGACAACAAUAUUAACUUCAAACUCGAGGCUUAUGUCGUCCCGACAAUAGCCUCAGUAACGCCAGAUACGCAAAUAGACGCAGAAGCUUGGAGCCAUUUAAAAGAUUUACCACUAGCUGACCCAACGUUUGCCACUCCAAGUCCGGUGGAUCUGCUAGUUGGUGCUGACGUACUAACGGGUCUCUUUCAGGAGGGUUUCAUCCAGGGUUCUCCAGAGCAACUUUGCGCUUUAAACACUCGUCUUGGUUGGGUAGUAUUUGGACCAGUCACAAGUUCUGCUCACUCCACUUUACACACAUCUCUUACUGCGAAAUGCGUCAACGAACAACGACUAGACACGUUACUUAGAAGCUUCUGGGAACUCGAAGAGCCCAUACCAUCAUCCGAAAUACACGUGGAUGACUGUGAGACGAUCUUCAACGACACAGUUACCCGUACCACAGACGGCAGGUACCAGGUGCAAAUUCUAUUUCGACCAGAUGCUCCUGCUAUUGGAGAAUCUCAUCAAUCGGCAGUCCGCCAGUUUCUACAACUCGAGCGGCGGUUGAUGAACGAUCCCUGUCUUCGUGAGCAGUAUAUUACAUUUAUGCGCGAAUACAUUGCUCUCGAUUACAUGGAGUUUUCAACGUUUCCGCGAAGAUAUCGAAUGGGACAUCCUUAA